AUGUGGAUGCUUUGGACUGCACAGAAUAAUAUACUUUUUAGUGGUAACCCGUUAUCUGUUGUUGAGUUGGUUAUGCAGGCGAAGAACGAUGACAUGGAGCUUAAAGCUGCUGAAGUUGGAUGUCAUAGGAGCGCUUCGACUUUUGGAUGGAAGCUGGACCCCCUUGGCUCAUGGACUGUGUGCGUAGAGAUUGUCCUUUGGAUUAAUCCUCCUGUUGAUGUAAUCUUGCUUUGUCUUUUGAUUGAAACACCUGCAAGUGAGAUAGGUGGUGAACGAAUCAGAGCUGAUCUUGAAGCAUCUGAUGCCACUGUUGUUGCAAGUUGCACCUGA